AUGACUGGUUCAGAGUUCACCAGUUCUGACAUGCGGGCAAUAAGAGCUUCUUGUGAUUGCCCGGAUGAAAGAUUCGAAGUGGAGGGCCCGGAAGUAUGGAUUGCAAACAGGUCGAAUCUUCUGAUGACACCCCUCUUGUAA